AUGUCUUUUCAAGAGGUAAAGGCCUUCUCGGCCGCUACAAAUACCUCCUCGCUGGCUUCGGCCGUACCAACAUUGAACGCCACUUCAACUCCGCGCGAUCUACUCUCGCUCCCCCUCCGCGGUUUCCAACGCGCCGAAUCGUUCGCCUUUUCCUUUCUCCCAGGCCGCGUCGCAAGGCUGGUUGGGCUUCAGAAUGCGACGACAAGCUUUUGGAGUACACCUAGCACAGGACCGGAGAGAAAUGUUGUCGCCGCCGCGACGCAGGCAGCAGGGGCAGCAGGGGCAGCCGCAAGCGAGGCCGUGGUAGAAGCCGCAGCCCAGCCCAAUUCUAGCCUUCAAUUGACAGACUUUUUACAAGCCGCCGUGAAGUUCAGCGGAUUCUUCUCCUAUUUGACUAGUCGAUGGUCGCUUGCUUGUUUUACAGUGGCACUUGUAUUAAAUAGGAUUACGAUCUAUGCUUCUACAAGGCGACAUUUGCAUCUCGACUGGAGGAGAAGACUGGCGUUACGCAUUAUACCCAUCCUACUUUUCAUUUCGCAAAUACACAAUCUGCUUCGCGCAAUCAAAUGCCAAACAUCGCCCAACUAUUCUGAAUACCACUACGGUGCUCCCGGAAAACGACUAUCGAUAGAUUAUGCCGGUGAUGGCGGAUUUCUCUAUACUCUGAGUUCAACUCUGCUUCCGUGGCAAUCAGACCAGCAUUCAUGCAGUGCGAUGAGCAUGGAGCGGGUUGGUUCUGAAAUUCCUCUCGGCUCAUUCAAGUUGUUGUGGUCAGUAUUCCUGCGACUUUGCCUCAAUCACUUUGUCGAGACGCUCUCGUGCUCAUUGCAGGGGAGGCCUGUGGUCACGGAAGGGGGCAUGUCGAUUUUUGAACAUUCCCUCUCCUUUGCCGAGGCCGAAUCUGCAAUCAGCCAAUCUCUCGGCUUGGGACUCUUUGGUUGGGAGCCGAAAACGAAACCCAGCGGAGAGAAUAGUACUGGCGGGGAUGCUCCACGAUCCGCUCUUCACCUCAUGACCAAGUCGCAGAUUCUAGAACGAAUGAACGCCACACCGGAACUACUCCUGAUUGCAUUGAUUUCUUGCUGCCACUGCCUAUCGUCAAAUGUGCUGGAUGUUGUCGGAAAGCAGAAUAGGUACCGCUUAUUCAACACCACCUUUUGGGGUCUGUCCUUCAUGGCCGCCAUGACUUGGGGUCUGGCCGGUGGCUCAUCUUUAGGAACGGACGACAUAUCUCUGAGGUUCCCCACCGUUUGCGUAGUGGGUUUUGUGCCGCACUUGUUGAUCCUGUGCGGCAUUAUCGUGUGUGGUAUAAUCUAUUCCCUUGCCCUUUUAGUUACAGCAUUUUCACUACCUUCUGAUUCUCCUCAGGGGUUAUCUCUGCGAGAAAGGCUCGGUCUAGCGCACGAAAAUAUGCAGGGAUCUACACACGUCAGCAGUGUGCGCGUCAAUCGGCACGAGGACUUUUAUACUGCCCUAUUGAGAGUCGGUUAUACGGCGCUGACUGCUGCCAGCGAGGCCGUCUUCCUCAAUGAAGGGCGGGGUGUCGUUGCGCGAAGCAUGACUUGGCUUGAGGAAGACCGGCUUUCUGAAAUUGAACAAUCACGGAGGAGGAGGAGCUCUACGCAUCGGCUGCCCAGUGCUCGUAAUGAUGACACACCCCUCGAGGGCACCAUACCCGUUACCUUUGAGAUUCAAGAGACGUCAGGACACUGGGAAAGUGGAUAUAGCCGAGAGAAGAAAAUCGGGAAGCCCAAGAACAAGUCCCGGUCUUCCCGUUAUCAGAACAAUAAUCCCGGCGGUGUUGGUGCCUUCCGAGGUCUUUUCCGAUUCUAUCAAGGCCUUUCAUUCUUCCGUGCCAUUUUCUACCUCAUGUUCAAGUGGCUAGCGUUCAUUUCUGACAAAGUUCUAACCCGGCUUGGGAUCAACGCUCGUCCGCAGUGGUUCAAGGGCUUUGUUGGUUCUAAACGGAAAGCAUCAGAUGAUAAAUCCGGCACGACCAUGGCAGAACCGCUCGAUUUCUGGAUGCUCACGGAUCAGGGAGAGCUAGAGCUUCCUCGAAACCACGAAUUCGACGUCGAGAACGAGAUGAGAAAGAGAGAAUUCAGCAACACGUCUACCUGGCUUGCAUCCGAUGAGCAGCGGCUAGACGAAAAGCUGUACAACUGGUGGAAGGCAGGCGGCUCAUGGGGUAAUCAAGAUCAAAGUCCAGACUACAACCCGUCAGAGGAAGAUUGGGAUGAUACGACUAGUGUGAUUUCUACUGCUACAACUACUGACUCCGAAUGGGAAGACGAAUCAGACGGUCGUCGCACACCUACACAACAAGAUCCGUUCCCAGGACAAUAUUCCCGUGAAGGUACUCCCGCGCAGGAAUCACUCAUGGACGUCGGUGCCUUUGCACGCCUUCUUGACCCGCACGAUGAGGAAACUCGUCAAGAGGCACGGAUCCUAGCAGCCCACCUCAACGCCGGACGCGAAGGACAAAUCCUAACCCGCCGUCGAUACCAAGAGCAGCUUGAACGCCAGAGAGCCAAGGUUCUUCUCACCUCCCGACUCCAUCAUCAUCCUCGCGAAAGGCCCACUACACAAGAAGAGUCCGAAAUCUUGGAGAAACUUAUCCUCGCCAAACGUUCAUCCCCAUCCGCUACUACCUUGAACGUUCAAGAGCAAACUUGGGAAUCUGGCGCAUCUGGUCUGGGAGCAAGCGGACCGCCCUGCGUUGUCUGCCAAACCAACUCACGCUCCAUCAUUGUCUGGCCCUGUCGUUGUCUAUGUAUAUGUGAGGAUUGCAGGGUGAGCCUGGCGAUGAAUAACUUUGGGAGCUGUGUGACCUGCCGACAGGAAGUUGGCGGAUUUGUACGUCUAUGGGUGCCGUAG